UUGAUUGCUUAGUUAAUAUUAAAAACUAAUCAUAAGAGGAGCAAAAAUUUGAACAUUAAAUAUGUUCAGACUGAUAUUAUUAGCCUCCCAAUGCUUCAAUUAUAAUGAUUCUUGCUUUCGAAGCUAGUUCUUGGCGGAUAAGAGGUAAUUCUUAACAAAAUCGUAGCCCUCAUGUGUGUUUGCUGGUUUACUGCUUGCGGAAUUAUGUGCAAUUGCUUCACAGCUAAGAACAAUAACAAAUACAUGACAAACUUUGCUACGAGGUUGAGUAGUAGCAAGUAAUGUCUGAGACACCACCCAGGAAGAAAUUACGUCAGACUUCUCUUACUGAUAUGUUCAAACCAGUGAAGAAAGACAUAAAAGCUGUGGAAACUGAAGUUGAUAUGCAAGAAGCAAAUUUGGGACACUCUUCUACACUUUCCAUUGAUCCCGGCUCCACAUCUAGUGCAAUGUUCUCAGGGGAAGAAGCAGCGUUUGGUGACAGCUUUACCUUAAAGGAAAAGAGCCCUCAGAAACAUGUUACAAAGAAACACCUCAUUGGUAAACUUAAAAAGAAGCGCAAACACAUAGCUGAUCCAAAUUUGAACAUUGUUUCCAAAGGGUCAGCAGGAGUAUCAGGAGAGUCUCACAAAGAGUCGUCUGAUUUAUCACCGUCCAAGAUAUCAUGGAGAGGUUGUACUCUAUCAUCUUUACAAGUCCUGAAUAACUGUAGCCGUCAUGUUCCUACUGUUCAUCCUGCUUCAGACCACACUGUAAUGGUUAAAUUACCACUACCAGACACCGGCCCUCCUGAGCCUCAUCCCUCAUCUUAUUCAGAUAUUUGGGACCAACAUCAUGUCCGUAUGCCCUGUUCUCCAAAGAGUCUUUAUCCAAUCACAUCUGGAAACGAGUCAUUAGUUGUGAGAUGGUCCGUUAUAAGUAAAGCACUUAGGAGGGAGAUGAAAUGUGUUAAUGACCUACAAAGAACAAUUUUAGAAUACAAUACCAGAUAUGCAGAGAAGUGGAAUUUCAAAGGACUUCAUGAACUUUUAGAUGAGGAAUUUGAAGAUGAAGAACGGGCUUACUUUUUUCCAUCACACUUUACCAGCAAUAGCUCUUUUAGCAUUGGAUCUACCCAAUCUUGUUACGCAGCCUCCUCCCCUGCUUACCCGUCAUUCUACACAUUCUAUUACGCUUCUCAGAUUCAGGAAAAGAGCCCUCAGAAACAUGUUACAAAGAAACACCUCAUUGGUAAACUUAAAAAGAAGCGCAAACACAUAGCUGAUCCAAAUUUGAACAUUGUUUCCAAAGGGUCAGCAGGAGUAUCAGGAGAGUCUCACAAAGAGUCGUCUGAUUUAUCACCGUCCAAGAAACUUGAGAGUAGGUUGACAUCGAGUAUGACGUCUCUGUUUACUGAUUUUAUGUCAAGGCUGAGUGAAGAUAGAUCAAGCAAUAGGGAUACUGAAAGUACUAAUCGUUCUUUUCCAGCUCCCCUGCCUGUUCCAGAACCAGCCCUAACCGGUGCUGGGGGUUAUGGGGAUCUGCAAGCCCACAGGGCAGGAUCUGCCGUCCCCCCUGGCGCGGAGCAGGCAGAGUUAGUAGCAGUUUCCCCUUUAAUCCCUAACAAAGAUGGUAAGUUUAUAUCAGAAUUAGGAGACAAAGUGACAGAUAAGAAAAUAGCACCAGGUGUGGAGGAAAAGAUCUCUUUAGCCUUAGAAGAAAGACCAGAAGAAGUGACCAAUAUGAUGAAUUUUGUAUCAUCAACCUCAACAGUGGAGUCUCAACAAGCAUUGAUCAGAGUAGCAGCGCAAGGAGCUAGAUCUCCAAAAGGAACAAGGAUGUCGUCUCCAGACGUCAUGUUCCAUACUGUUCAUCCUGCUUCAGACCACACUGUAAUGGUUAAAUUACCACUACCAGACACCGGCCCUCCUGAGCCUCAUCCCUCAUCUUAUUCAGAUAUUUGGGACCAACAUCAUGUCCGUAUGCCCUGUUCUCCAAAGAGUCUUUAUCCAAUCACAUCUGGAAACGAGUCAUUAGUUGUGAGAUGGUCCGUUAUAAGUAAAGCACUUAGGAGGGAGAUGAAAUGUGUUAAUGACCUACAAAGAACAAUUUUAGAAUACAAUACCAGAUAUGCAGAGAAGUGGAAUUUCAAAGGACUUCAUGAACUUUUAGAUGAGGAAUUUGAAGAUGAAGAACGGGCUUACUUUUUCCAUCACACUUUACCAGCAAUAGCUCUUUUAGCAUUGGAUCUACCCAAUCUUGUUACGCAGCCUCCUCCCCUGCUUACCCGUCAUUCUACACAUUCUAUUACGCUUUCUCAGAUUCAGAUUGCAUCUCUUCUUGCAAAUGCAUUCUUUUGCACUUUUCCACGGAGGAACGCCAAAGGAGGAGAUACCGAGUAUGCUAGCUAUCCAGAUAUUAACUUUAAUAGACUAUUUUCACACAAGGAGAAGCGAUCGUUAGAGAAACUGAAAUGCCUAAUCAACUACUUCCGUAGAGUAACGAAAAAGAGACCAGAGGGAUUGGUGACUUUUACAAGGCAGUACAUCAGUGUUAGUGAGUUACCCUCUUGGGAAAGCUCAUCACAUCAUCUUCCUGAUCUUCACUUGGAUUCUAGUGGUCUAAUAGAGGAAAAGGAAGGACUUCUGCAAGUUGAUUUUGCUAACAAGUUUAUUGGAGGUGGUGUUCUUGGUCUUGGAUGUGUACAAGAAGAAAUACGUUUUGUUUUGUCACCAGAGUUAAUAGUGUCACGCUUGUUCACACAAAUCUUAGACAAAACAGAAGCCCUCAUUAUCACAGGUGCUGAGCAAUACAAUCAAGGAAGUGGUUAUGCAUCCACCUUUUGUUGGACAAGUAACCACCAAGAUUCUACUAAAUGCGAUAUUUGGAAGCGCCGUUUAUGUCAAGUUGUUGCAAUUGAUGCCUUACGGUUUACUCGCCCAAAAGUUCAGUACAGGCCACCACUCAUUUUACGUGAACUUAAUAAGGCAUAUGCUGGAUUUAGAGCUUUAAAGGGAAGCGUUAGCACUCCUAUAGCCGUUGCUACAGGAAAUUGGGGCUGUGGUGCUUUUAAUGGCAACGCUAGAUUAAAGGCAUUAAUUCAAUUAGCUGCCUGUGGCUUUACAGGCCGGAAUGUUGCCUAUUUCACUUUUGGUGAUGAAAAAUUACGAAACGACUUGUCUACAAUGCACAUUUUUCUUAAGGAAAACAGUAUUACAGUAGGGGAACUGGUACAAGUGUUAAUGCAUUAUGGACAGAGAGAGUGGGCAGAUGGCUCUGACUUGUAUCAGUAUAUCUAUCAUAGCUUGGGAUCAUAUGAUUCCGAUACCGAUGAAGAAAAUGGAGAUUUUAGUGGGUCUACUGCAAAAAAUGAAAGGACAGAUGCAUCCCAAAAGUCAUCUAACACAGAGCCCAAGUGCACAAAGUCCAGCCAUCCUAAAAAAAAUGGUAGUCAACAUAGCCUGGCAUCUAGUUCAAGUUAUGGAGAACCAUGUAAUAACUCUGCAUCAUCAAGCACCUUACCACAAAUUACGGCUCAAUCAUCACACAAGAAAGAGGAAAAUUUAACAGAAGAAAAAAUAGUCCAGGUUUUGAUGGAAUGUGAUCGUUUAGUUGAAGGCCAGAAAUGGAAGAACCCUGAAAAAAGUUUUUCUGAUGGAGUGGAAGUGCAUGAAGAUAAUAAAUUUCUUUCAGAGAGUAGUGAUGGCAAAUCACAAUUAAGCAAGGAUUCCAGUGACAUCACAACAAAGAUUCAUGAGAAGAGUAUUGAUAAAACUAGUAAAAGCUUAAGUGAACCAAUCAGCCUAUUAGCUUGUUUAGAUGGCAUUGAUAAACAGGCUGUUACUUAGAUAGUUCUUAUGUUUUAGGACUGUUUGUCAUUCAGGUCGUAAAUAUUUAAUGAUUUUCUCUUAUUUGAUUCGUAAUAGAUGCAUUGUAAGAGAAUGAAUGUUGGUACAUGUUCAUUUACACCGUGAUACAGAAUGAUACAGAAAAACUGAAAUAGGAAUGAUCUUUUAAGUGGAUUUUGAAUUUCAAAUAUGAAUUUCUGAAAUUGAAGUUUUUCCAAAAAGAGGAAGUACUUAGACAUAUUUCGUGCAUUGUUUAAUAUGGAAAAUAGUGACAUUAUAAAUGUGAAUAUAACUUGAAGGCCUUUUACUCAGUAUUUGGUAGCAGACAAGUUAUUAGGUACUGGGUGGCAUGUGCGACAAUUAUAUAGUUAGGUUGCAGUAAAGACUGAUUUAAAAUAUUUGUGUGAUGGAACCUUCUAAAUUAUACUACAGUGACAUAUUUAUAUUUGCCCUAGGCACUCAGUAUUAUUUUAGAGACCUCCCUCAAACUGUAAAAGACAUUUUGGUAGCACUGAAUUGUCAUUGUUCUGACCAUCUGUAGAUGCAAGUAAAGAAUCAUUGAAGGAUUUCUGUUAAUUGUUGAUGAAGAGUAAUAGGGAAAUUUUCUCUUUUUAGAAAGCCAACUUAAACUUGAAUAGCAUUGCUUCAGGAAAGUGUUGAUUAAGCACUAUUGAGAGACUCAUAAUAAGAACUAUUUGCUUAAGUCUAAUAGCCAGAUACUCUGGAUACUGUAUUGUGUGAUCAUGCUAGCUGUACAAAAAAUCUUUUUUCCAAUUAUGUUUGAGUUUAAAUUUAAGCCUGGAAAAGUAAUUGUUAACUUAACAUCUGUGUACUUGAGUGUAAACAUAGAAAUAUUUUGGGUCCACAUUGUUGUGAACAUUAAAUGAAAGAUGGUAAUUUUAAAA